AUGAGAGCGGCUACUAUUGUACUCGCCUCCCUUAUGGGACAUGCCCUUGCAGCACCGGCUAGCGCUUGCUUCGAGCAAAAGGGGGCUAAGAGCAACACGCCGGCGCCAGGCAGCCGCGGCGACAUCUGCAUCCAGGCGUCUGGUAAGGUGUUUGAUGCGUGCCUUAAAACACGCCAGCGCGACGAGCCGGGCGACAGCCUCCGCGAACGGUGCAACAAGGAGCGCGAUGACGCCAAAAAGGGCUGCCUUAACGUCCAGGUGCAGCAGCCCAAAACGUCCACAACCCAGAACACUACUGCCACUGAAACAGGCAAGCCGGAGACCCUUGGGGAUGCAAACGGGAACGAAACUGCUACUCCCACGAGUUCUCCAGAGGAUAAAUUAUGUAUAAAUGAAUGCUGCGACGGUGAUGACAAAUACGCCAAUAUCCUUGACUGCCUCGCCCAAAACCUGAACUCGACCGCAACUGAAUUGGACCAGCCAACGCAGCCGCAGGAGCCGGAGAGACACAAAAUCGUCAUACAGUUAUCUAACUCGGACAAUUACGAAGCGAACAAGAACGAAUUACCGCCGAGCUACGACAAAGUUGCUUCUAUUGUGCACGGGGAUAAAAGCCUACUAUUUUGUGGAGAUAAAUUUUCGGAAACCGUCUUCUGUGAACCACAUGUCCCUGUCACUCAAGGUACGGUCGACAAGUUAAAAGCACUGAAGGAUGGUGUGACAGUACUGUCCACCAAGAAGAGUCUUGCUUUACUUUACAAGGAGCGGCAAGACCAGCUGGACCAGCAGCGGGAACAGCAGCGGGAACAGCAACAGAGCGAAAAUGAAGGCCAACUCAACUUGGAUCCAGUUGUCAGAGCACCAGCACGACUUAUCUAA